UCAAACAAACCACAAGAAUAAAUACAUAUAGCAUAUAUAUUCUUCCACAUUUCACCAAAGAAAUAGCAAAUUAAAGAAAAUGGGGUCCGAGUCCGCUGAUCUCAAACUUCCUGCCAUAGAUUUCUCUAACCCUGAUGAUCUAAAACCAGGCAGUCCGGAGUGGGAGUUGUUGAAAGGCCAAGUCCGACAAGCACUCGAAGAGUACGGUUGCUUCGAGGCUUUCUUCCAUAAAGUUCCAUUAGAGCUUCGAAAGGCGCUGUUGGGUGCAACGGACGAGCUUUUCGACCUCCCUUUACAAACAAAGCUGCGUAACGUUUCUAAGAAGCCGUAUCAUGGGUAUGUUGGGCAAUACCCUAUGGUGCCACUCUAUGAGAGCAUGGGCAUUGAUGAUGCAAACAUCUCUGAGAAAGUUGAGAGCGUCGCAAACGUCCUGUGGCCUGAAGGAAAACCUAGAUUUUGCAAUACCAUACAGUCAUUCUCGGAGCAACUAUCAGAAUUGGAUCGAAUAGUGAGGAGGAUGAUUUUGGAGAGCUUAGGUGUUGAAAAAUAUUUGGAUGAACACAUAGGGUCGACCAAUUACCUUCUGCGGGUAAUGAAAUAUGCAGGGCCUCAAACGACCGAGACCAAUAAGAAGCUUGGACUAACAGCACACACAGAUAAAAACAUUGUGACCAUAUUGUAUCAAAACGAAGUUGAUGGAUUAGAGGUAAAGAAUAAAAAUGGCGAAUGGAUCAACGUCAAACCCACCCCAGACUCUUUCAUUGUCAUGAUUGGAGAUUCUCUACUGGCAUGGGUAAAUGGUAGGCUGCACUCUCCAUAUCAUAGAGUGAUGAUGACGGGAGAGAAGGCAAGGUACUCGGCGGGGUUGUUUUCGAUACCCAAAGCAGGAUACAUCAUAAAAGCCCCAGAGGAGCUAGUUGAUGAGGAACAUCCUUUGCUCUUUAAGCCCUUUGAUCAUGUUGAGUUCCUCGCCUUCUACUACACUGAAGCUGGUCAGAGAGCCGAGUCUGCUUUAACCACUUAUUGUGGUGUUUAAUUAAUUAUUUUGGUGGUGUCGCAAUGUUAUUACAAGCUAGCUUAUAGCUAGCUAGCAUGCAUUAGCUUGUAUUUUUGUUGUCUUAUUAUAAGGCCGCCACGGGCCCUAAAAAAAGAAAAAAAAAUCUGUAAUUUCCAAAGCUAGCUUUUCCUUUGUAAUGCCUUUAGUUUUCAUGAAUUAAAGGAAUAAAUAAUAUCUGAGUGCACGUGGGAAUAAAAAAUAUUAUUAUUAAUA